CUCAUUUAUAGUCCGCCUAGUUUUUUCUCUUUUCUUUCUCCCCUCUCUUCUCACAUCUUCUUCCCUUUUCACAUGUCUCUUUGAUUGACCCCCUUUUUGCUCCUCUUUCAAUGUGUAAAACUUUGUAUGUUUGAUUUGUUUUCAAGAUCCAAAUAAACCCUUUUCUCUGCAUUGUUUGAACUUUGAACAACUUGUUCUUUUCCGUGUGUUUAAAUGGAUCUUGUGACCAAAAUCCAAUCCUCACAACCACUUUCACCAAUCACAAGUCCAGGUAACUCAAUCUUAAGCUCACAUUCCCAUUCAUCUGAUACAAGUUUCCCUAUCAUAGCCAUUGCUAUCUUAGGAAUUUUAGCAACAGCUUUCUUAUUACUCAGCUAUUACAUCUUCGUCAUCAAAUGUUGUCUCAAUUGGCAAAGGAUUGAUCUUUUAAGACGGUUUUCUUUAUCACGAAGACGACCCGAAGACACUUUAAUGGUUUAUUCGCCGGCAACGGAACAACGUAAAGGACUCGAUGAAUCGGUGAUAAGGAAAAUCCCGAUAUUUCAAUUCAAGAAUGAAGGAGAGAGUUGUGAAUGUGCGGUUUGCUUGAACGAAUUCAACCAAGACGAGAAGCUAAGAAUAAUACCGAAUUGCAGCCAUGUUUUUCAUAUAGAUUGUAUCGAUGCUUGGCUUCAAAACAAUGCUAAUUGUCCACUUUGUAGAACGAGUAUAUGUAUAUCUAAUGAUCGGUUCCAACUUGACCCCAUCAUUGCUCUGAGCUCAACAUCACGAGAUCCCAAUCCGUAUAACGAAACUGUCAUUAAUGGCAAUGAAGAUUUCGUUGUGAUUGAAAUAACUAACAACAACAACCAAACAGGGGAUGGGACAAUACCCGUACCGGUGUCGGCUUCGCCAUGGAAGAUUGAGCUGCCGAAAAAAGCAACAAGGAAGUACCGUAAAGGGAGUAGUAUGGGAGAUGAAUGUAUUGAUAUUAGAGAUAAAGAUGAACAGUUUGUGAUUCAACCAAUAAGAAGGUCAAUUUCAAUGGAUUCAUCGGCGGAUCGACAGCUAUAUUUAGCGGUACAAGAAGCUAUAAGGUUGAACGGUGGCCGGCAAGUGAGUGAGGUUAGCCCCAUUGAAGCUGGUUGUAGUAGUAAUAGAGUGAGACGAUCUUUUUUUUCUAUUGGUCAUUGUAGAAGGUCAAAAAGUAGUGCACUUUUACCUGUUUAUUUGGAGCCUUAAAAAAAAGAAAAGAAAAAGAGUUUUUAGGGUUUUUUUUUUCGUGUUUUUUGAACAUAAAGAUUUAGGAGAGUUAAUUAAGUUUGUGAGAUAGAAAUGUUUGAUUUUAAACUUUUUUAAAAAAUUGAUUAUUUUAUUUGAA